UUCCCAGUUUCCACACUCCUAAAAAAACCCUGUUUUCUUUUUCUCCUCUUCCUCACACCAUGCACCAAACAAGCCCCAACGGCACACGUCACGCACCGCCUCCCGCCGGAGCAAGCGGCGGACCCAGUGGGGCUGACCACGCCAACGUGGUCAAAAUGGUUUCGGAGAAUCCCGUGAUUGUGGUCGGGGCACGUGGGUGCUGCAUGUGUCACGUGGUACAGAAGUUGUUGCAAGGCCAAGGAGUGAACCCUCCCGUGUACGAGGUUGACGAGGGGGACCAAGCUGACUUGGCCCGGGAGCUUUCGCGGAAUAUUGUCGGUGGCAGCGAUGAUAAUAGCGGUGAAACGAUGCAGUUUCCGGCGGUGUUCGUGGGCGGAAAGUUUUUCGGAGGGUUGGAGAGACUAAUGGCCACCCAUAUCUCAGGUGAAUUGGUUCCUAUUCUGAAAGAUGCUGGAGCCUUGUGGCUUUGACUAUAGUCACUAAUUUCAUCAAUUUUUAUUUUUUAUUUUUUUGCGUACAACGACGACAGUAGAUUUAAAUUUAAAAUUCCGUAUAAAUUAUUACUUAAAUCAUCCAUCUCUAGACCGAUCAUAGUGGGUUUAAUUUGCCUCUCAAAUUUGAACAUUUCAUCACAUUUUUAAUUAUGAUAGUUAGUCAAGUUCUCUUUAUCA